UUGAAGGGUGGAGACUCCACAGCAGUGAGGGGGAGGCGGGGAGGGUCUCGGACGGAGCGCAGCCUCCCUCACAGGCGGACAGGAAGGUGGAUGCGUCGGCUGCCUUUCUGCCUGGCGGAGAUCGGGGGCGCGCGGACCGUGUGGAAACCCCCCCUCAGCCCCCCCGGGCCUCCAUGUGAGAAGAGGGCGUGGCGCCGCGGACUCAGAGCGCUGACUGACUGAGAAGGUGAACCGGCCGGAAGAAGCAGAAUUCAGGCGGAGCAGACGAGGCCUGGGUCAGAGCCGCCAUGGCGAGCAACAACACGGCGAGCAUCGCGCAGGCCAGGAAGCUGGUGGAGCAGCUGAAGAUGGAGGCCAACAUCGACCGGAUAAAGGUGUCCAAAGCAGCAGCGGAGCUGAUGUCCUACUGCGAAGCCCACGCCAAAGAGGACCCGCUGCUGUCGCCGGUGCCGGCCUCGGAGAACCCGUUCAGGGAGAAGAAGUUCUUCUGCUCCAUCCUGUGAAGCCGGCGCCGCCCGCCGUCCGUCUGGGACGAACGCCAAAGUCCAAACCUUCCGGUGGGGGGGGGUGAAAUGAAGUUCCCCGCCCUCCACUUUCGGAUCAGAACGUUCCGAGAAACAGAAUUAACAUGUAUGUAUUAAUGGAUGGAGGGCGUUUGUGGAUGACAUCAUGAGGAGAAACGGCGGCAGAUGGACAUCCAUCCCGCCGUCUUCAGAUUGUAGAAACUUUAGUGGAAAGUUGAGAAUUUCAAAAAGUGGUUCUGUUGGGACGUUCAGGUGUGAUGUUUCAUGGAUGGACAACAGGUAGAACUCCGCCCACCUGGUUGUAGGAAUGUGGCUUCGGGUCAUUUUGUGUUGCUCCAAAUAUCUUGUGUAACUGUGCGUCGUGACGUCUUUCUUUCUUUUUUACACCAACAGUAGUGAAAGCUUUUUUAACGAGAUGUUUGAACGUUUGGACUCUGUGCUUCUCCGUGUUUCGGCGUCUCUCUGGACCGCGUGACGCAGUCCGUCUCCUUCAGACACAAACCUUCUUUCUACUCUUUGUACUAAACUACUAGCCAGUAAAGUGUGCCGUGCUGUGAGUUCU